AUAUCGUGAACUUUGAAGUAAUUAAUGUAAAUACCGAGUCCAAAAGUAAGAAUGUCAGCGUAGAUCAUGUUCAAAUGUAUAGCUAACUUGUAGAGUUGUGUGUUGACAUUACGGUCGUUAGGUAGUAGCUAGCAAAAUGUGUUUGCUUUGGGUUAGUGGUUUAGCAAGCUAGCCACUGUUUACAUACCUAUAUUUGUUUCCAAUGAUGGCUAGCUAAUAGUUGUCCUUGCAUUUUAACACAGCUAUUUAGUUUGUUCAACUUGUUCACAUUUCUGAAAUCAAGACUGACCGGUGCUUCCACUUUUAAAUAAUUGCUGGUGUAAGUGAUGUUCAGGUUACCCGUUCUUUAUAGUAUAAUACACAGGGCAGUCUGCAUUGGCACAGAGGAGAUGGUGAAAGGCAAAUUCUUCUACGCUGUGAGGAAAGGAUUAAACCCUGGAGUUUACCAAACUUGGGAUGAAUGUAAGAAACAAAUUGACAAGUUCCCACAUGCCAGCUACAAGAAGUUUGCUGCUGAAAAGGAUGCCUGGGCUUUUGUCAGAGGCAAAGCAACGUCGAUAACACCAGACGUGUCAGAGGGAACCAGCUAUGAGGCAACACUCCCACGAAGGGCCCCGGAGGCCCUUGAGUAUAUUCCCAUUGGUCAGAAGAGACACUAUAAUCACGUGGAGGAGGAGGAGAAGGAGGUGGUGUCCCCUGCCAAACGAGCUAAACCUUCCCAGGAGGCAUCUCAAGACAGCUGUGCAUCUUCAAAGAGCUCUGAUGGAUUCACCUACAUGGGUGAUGCAGUGGUGGUGUACACAGAUGGCUGCUGUUCAGGCAAUGGGAAGGCCGGAGCCCGAGCUGGGAUCGGGGUGUACUGGGGACGUGACCAUCCUCUGAAUGUAGCAGAACCGCUGGAUGGAAGACAGACCAACCAGAGGGCAGAAUUACAGGCAGCCUGUAAAGCCUUGGAGCAGGCCAAAGAGAUGGACAUCAAGAAGUUGGUGCUCUAUACAGACAGCAAGUUCACCAUUAAUGGCGUCACCAGCUGGGUGAAGAACUGGAAGCUGAACAACUGGAGGCUCAAAUCUGGUGGCCCUAUCAUCAACAGAGAGGACUUUGAAAAACUUGACAAGUUAAAUGAAGAGCUGAAGGUUGUAUGGUUGCACAUCCCAGGCCACGCUGGGUACCUAGGAAACGAGGAGGCUGACAGGCUGUCCAGAGAGGGGGCAGCAAAACGCUCACAUUAGCCCUACAAGAUAACAGCCCAAUAUGUCAUAUUUACUUAUCUUGUUUCUCGGUUAAAUUCUAUCAAAUUGGGAGUUCAAGAAUUAAUAAUUCAAGAUCGUUUUGUGUGUGUGGGGGGGGGCAUUUUAAUUUCCCAGGAUCAUUUUUUUGUCUUUUCUGUUGGGCUGCCAAGUUCUUUUCCAGAGAACAAUGUUCUGUUUCUAAGUUUGUUUGUUUUUAUUAAAUAAAGCAUCCUGUCUGAAAUAUG